GCAUCUCACGAGGUUAGUGGAUCUGUAUCUUUCUAUAUCCAUAGCAAUGAGUCUGGGAGCCUUGUCUCUGACAUCAUCAGCGACAACUGAGAACACUUGGGGAACAAGUGUGAUCUCUACUGAUAUUCCUGAUGCAACUGAUCAAGGGUUCGCGUUGGAAGAGGACCACGGUGAUUCCUUGAAAAGUCCGAAUGACACGCUGCAUGAAGAGCUUGACGAUAGAUGGGACAUUACGACAGUAAGCUUCGAAUACACCGUCGAUGAUACCGCCAAGGUUAAUGGCUCAUGGUCUUGGUAUCCAAUAUCUUGGACAUGGGUUACUUUUGGAGAGCUUCUCGUUGGGCUGGUCGGCAUCAUCGGAAACCUCUUGGUAAUCAUUGUUCUCUUUCAACGGCGAGCUAAUAGCCGAUCUACGGACACCCUCAUAUGCGCACUUGCUGUGGCAGAUCUCUUUACUUCAAUUGCGUUGCUACCCGUCCCAUCCGCCAAAACAGUUCCUGUAUCUUGGCUCGGACAGGUCUACUGCAAACUGGUCUGGCUUCCAGUCUACUGGUGGAUUUGGACCUUCAUGUCAGGGUUCGUGCUGACUGCCAUCUCUGUUGAACGCUACAUAGCGGUCACUCGCCCGAUCUACUUUAACAGGAUCUUGACCAGACGGCGAGUGUCUAAAGUAGUUGUCUUUUUAUGGAUCUUGUCUAUGUUGAUAUGCAUUCCCGGUACCUUCAGAGUUGACGUCGACAAAGUAAACUGUCGAUGUGAUCUUUUGGAAACGUCAUACGAGCUUGAUGUGGCCUUUUCUUUCUAUGUAACACUAGUUCAGUCAUUCAUACCAGCCAUCAUCAUGGCUGUUACCCAAACCUUAAUCGUCAUCAAGCUGAAAGCCCAGUCGAAGCGUUUUGAAGGUUCUAAAUCACACCACCUUGCCGCCAGCAGAGCUGUUAUCAAAAUGAUGUUCAUCGUUAUCAUCGCGUACAUUGUUUGUUGGACGCCCACUAAAAUUUUGUUUUUUAUUGAAAUGUUGCUCCGUAAGCAAACAGAAUUGGGGUUGGAAUCUCCGAUUUUCAAAUGCUUUUUGAUUCUGGCUGCUCUCAAUUCCAGCAUCAAUCCCAUCAUCUACAGCAUCCGUUACCAGGAGUUCCGCAAGGCUGUCAGGGACUUGAUAGUCGGGGGAAAGGUUCAGAGUAAAGCGAUGUUCGAUGAUCCUAUUGACGUCAAUACCGACACGACUUACGAUGGAUCUGCUUAAAGCAGCAUACUUCAACACGAAUUAAGCGCGCAAGGUUUUCAAUUGCAUGUUAAAUUGUAACAGGGUGUUGCUAAAGGGAGGAUCAGGAGUCGACUAACCUAGUGUAAAAUGGAAGAAAAUGGAAAGAGAUGGAGAAAAAAGGGAGUUCAUAAAAAGGAGAGGUAUGCCUAUAAGUCGUGUUGAUCAUGUGUGCAGCGCAGAGGAUUUUUUUGGGGGGUGGAUGGGGCAACUAUCGUUGCGACCCCCCCCCCCCAUAAAAAACACACAAAAGAUAAUCCUCUGCCCAUGGUGUUGAUCUAUAUAACCCUUUGAUUAAAAUGGGAACAAACUGUGUGAUGUCUUGCCCCCCCCCCUCAUCAAAUAGCGCAUGGGUAUAUUCACAGAAUAUGAUAAAAUCGGUUAAUCGGGAGAGUCGUUAUGAACGUAUUCAUAAAAAAUAAUUUGAACCCCCCCAAAAAAAAAGUGAUUUUUUUUUUUUUUUGUAAUGGGAAGUUCACAAUCAUUAUCUUAAAUUGUUUCAAUAAAGAGGGAAAUGAAAUUUCACUUGUAACUACAGGUUGGUGAUCAUCUGUUUCAAUAACACGCAAUUUAAACUCUGCCCAACAUUUUUCAUCUACUUUCUAUUUUCAUCUCUUACUUAAUUUGUGUUCAAUGUUUCAUUUAAGUGUGUAGGGACAUACAUAAAUAUAUGUGUGCGCUAUAAAAGAACUGACUGCGAAUUAUUAUCUGUUUCAGGUCAAGGUGUAAAUUUUAGGGAAGAACGUAGAAAGGGCACCAAUGCAUGGGAUUAAUUGAAGAAAAAAAAUGGAUGGCAAAUAUACCCCUUCCCAAACGGAGGCACUUGCAUAUAUAUUGUUUUGUAUGUAUUGUGUGAAUAUCAGCGGUAUAAUAAUAUACCGCUGCACUCCUAACCACAAUAGUUGUGGUUAGAAGUUUUGAAAUUUUCUUGAACCUUUCAUUAUCAGCCAACAAAUGAAUAUAGGCCUAUUCAUUUGGAGUGCACUUUAGAAUCUCGGCUUAUUAUCAUUAUUACCCCCCCCCCCUCCCCGAUUCCUGGAUUUCUAUUAAAAGAUGCCAAUGUGCAUCACGCAAAAUUUCCAGUUCGUAAAGAGGAAUAUGAAAAUCAACAUGAUGGUCUAUAUAUAUAUAACAAAAAAAAGCCAAGAUAAUAUGCCUCGUAGUUGUCAUUAUCCGAUAGUUACCAUUAACAAUUAUCCUAAUGAUAUUUCUUAGGUAAAUAAAGCCAUAAAUAGUUGUUACACAAGAAUAUUCGCACUAUGAAUUAAUGUUGCACGAUUAGUAUAUAGGGCAAGGCAAAAUUUGUGCUGCCAUAUUUAACUUGAGUAUAGGCCUAUAACUACAUGUAUCUUCUCUCGGGUGGAGAUUGGCAAAUCUAGAUUAAAUUUCGGAGGGCUGCGAUGGGGUUCGUUCGAACCCUCAUGAACCACACCUCUUGAUCUGCUUCAAUGAUUGAUUCUAUCCAAGACUGAAGGACAUUGAUGAUUUCCUUGCCAAUAUGAAAGACAUUUCUCUAUAUUUCUAUCUGUAUUGUAAAUAUUUAUGUAUUAUCAACUAGUAAAUUUUCACUAUUCAGUAUUCACCUUGUGUCAUUUAUAGAUUGGUUGCUUGCUUUGUACAUAUAAAUAAACGAUACGUCUAAAAUGUGGUCUUUGGCCCGUAUUCUGAAGACGGGUUGAUUUAAAUUCUGAUCUAACGUUGUGGUUUAACUAUGGAACCCAGUUGUGACAUAAAUCUCCAACAGUAUAGAUGUUCAAUUUAUCGCUUCCUUUGACUCCGGUCCAAAUACACGAUAAAUAAGAUAGUUGUCGGAGCACAGUUGUAAACAUGAGAUGCAUUCAAGGUAAACAAACUUUGGACAUUGGCUUCCAAUAUGCAGAGUUAGACCAUGGUCUAAGUUAAACCCGACUUCAGAAUACGUGCCAGUUGUUAUUAUCUUACAUUGCUUUUGUUAUUGCUGAACACUGGCGGAUCCAUUUUUUUUUCUUUUUUUUUUGCUUGUCAAAUUUUUUCGUGGACGAAAUGUCAUUAUUUUUGGUAGGUAGAUCGGCCCCUUUUGCUGAAUAUCGAUGUCUUGCAAGUAUGUGCAAUUCGAGUUAGUUGAAUUAAAUAUCUAAAAUAAACGACAACAUUUUGUUAAGUUAUAUUACAGUUUACACAGGCGGGACCAUUGUGAUGUGCAGCUGUGAUGUAUACACGCCAUACAUCGGAAAAUUGUACUGAUGCAGAGUUUGAGAUUCGAACCCUGGUCAUGUUUUUCUGAUGAAAACGUUAACAGUAAUGGUAAUAUCAGCCCCAUGCACGAAGACGUAAAUAACUUAUGAUUCAUACACGUCUGUUAAAAAAAACAUACGGGGCCGCAGACCCGGCCGCAUGGGGGGGGGGCCUUAGCCCCUUCCUUUCUUUUUUUUUAAUUUAAAUAUUAAACCAUGUACAAAAAUUGAGAAAACUAUAACCAUUAAGUUGUAAUUUCAUGCAUGUUCAUAUCCACCUCCCCCUCUGACCCCACCAUUUUUAAAUUCGUUCUGCGGCCCCCUGUUAGUAGAAAACAAUAACCAUACAAAACAAAACAAAUCUCUUCAAUUUUCCCCUUUAUUUUCGCCCUUUCCAUCUUCCCCUACCCCUUCUUUUUCUUAUCUCUUUCCUUUUUUUGCUGGGGAUGGGGGGUGGGGCUUCUCCCCCAUUCGCUUUGGUUCACGUACAUAAUUAUAUAGGUCAUGGUUGCAAUGAUGCCACUUUUCUCUAUUUUCUAACGUAAUUUCAUUAUUCUGUACAUAGACGAGAACUAAUCAAAACAUUAAAUAUGAGGAGUCGGGACCAAGUGGUCUAAGGUGCUUGACUUUUGACACACAACAAUGUCCCAAGUUCGAUCCCUUUCUAAGGAACUUAUGCCUUUGGCCAUGCAAGGUCUGCUGGUAUUUAACAUGUUUAAUCAACUAUGCUAGUUGAUCCUUAGAUAUGAUGGGAAUGCAGUUACAGUCAUAUUAGUAUUAAUGUGUGCAUGUGUUUACUUUAAAAAGUAAUAAUAAAUUUUAAAAAAUGUAUAAAAAGUGAGUGUGGUAGAGG